AUGUCUUAUCAACCUCCACCACCAUCUUACGGAGCUCCUCCUCCCGCUGGUCAAAGACCUCCACAACAGCAAUAUCAACAACAAGGUUACCAACAACAAGGCUACGGCCAACAAGGUCAAGCACAGCAAAACUAUGGUGCCCCUCCUCCCCCUGCUGGGCCUCCACCAGGCGUUGAUCAACAGCUUUAUUCAUGGUUCAAAGCAGUGGACACUGAUGGCUCUGGUCAACUUUCUGCUGAUGAACUUCAAAAGGCCUUGAUUAACGGUGAUUGGAGUCCUUUCAACAUUGAAACUGUUCGCUUGAUGGUUAACAUGUUCGAUACGGAUAACAGUGGCACCAUCAACUUUAACGAGUUUGCCGGCUUAUGGAAAUAUAUCGAGGAUUGGAAGAGAUGCUUCCAAGCAUUUGAUGCUGAUCGUUCUGGCAGUAUCAACCAAGCUGAAAUGGGCAACGCCUUGAGAUCAUUUGGUUUCAAUGUUUCACCCAAGUUUAUAAGUACUUUGAUUCAAAAGUUCGAUCGUUAUGCCACCAUUAAAAAUACAGGAAAGGGCGAUGUCUCCUUUGACAAUUUCGUGCAAGCAUGCGUUACAAUGAAGACCUUGACCGACUCUUUCAGACAAUUUGAUACUGACGGUGAUGGUUGGGUUCAAAUCAACUAUGAACAGUUCUUGGAUCUGGUCGUUCGUCAACGUGCUUAA